UCUUGAUACAUUACGCGUGUUUAGGAGGGGGUUUUCAAUGCCAAAGGGGGAUAAGCCCGAGCGCAAGUACGAUGCAUAUGGACUGCCGUUGGCGCUGCAGAUAUGGGUGUACGAGACUGUCCCUAUCUUGGCCAGUCGGUAUGCGAGGAGAGGAGAGACAUGCUAUCCUCGGAUGCAUCACUGGCGAGCACAAGACAAGCCGCUUGCCAGAUAGUUAUCGGCUCUCCUCGACGAUCCUGAGCUUGAAGUUCUCACUGAGUUGGCACCGUCGAUCGAGGAGGAGAGUCAGUUUUAUAUUCGCGAAUUGCCUCUUCGUACUGCGCAUGACGAUCAGAUGCCUGAGUCCAGGAUGGAUCGAGAUAGGGAGGAUCGUUCAGUAUUACCUUCGUUGAAGAUAUCACCUCCAUCGAGGAGAGCACGUCCAGCGAGGAUGUCACCUCCGCUGAGAAGAUCACGUCCAGCUACGCCAGAGGUUCAGA